CGUUGUUUCGGCGCUCAGAAACAACGUAGAGGUGGGGGCGGGGCAGCGUUUUACAAACCGGACCGUGAGUCUGCGCGGUUUCUCUUUCCAGCCAGCGCCGAGCGAUGGGUAUCUCUCGGGACAACUGGCACAAGCGCCGCAAGACCGGGGGCAAGAGAAAGCCCUACCACAAGAAGCGGAAGUAUGAGUUGGGGCGCCCGGCUGCCAACACGAAGAUUGGCCCUCGCCGCAUCCACACAGUCCGUGUGCGGGGUGGUAACAAGAAAUACCGUGCCCUGAGGCUGGACGUGGGGAAUUUCUCCUGGGGCUCAGAGUGUUGUACUCGAAAAACAAGGAUCAUUGAUGUUGUCUAUAAUGCGUCUAAUAACGAGCUGGUCCGUACCAAGACCCUGGUGAAGAAUUGCAUUGUGCUCAUCGACAGCGCAUGCAUCGCUUCAAGGCCGGGACAGUGUGGCCGAGCAGAUGGCUAUGUGCUAGAGGGCAAAGAAUUGGAGUUCUAUCUUAGAAAAAUCAAGGCCCGGAAAGGCAAAUAAAUCCUUGUUUUCUUUCUUCACCCAUGUAAUAAAGGUGUUUAUUGUUCUGUUCACA